AUGGAAUUGGGAAGUGAAGAUAUUUCUCAACCACCAAAUCAAACUCAAAGUGUUGGAUCUUCUCAACCAUCUACAACGUCAACUACAAUAAAAAGAAAGUCCAAUGAUGUAGGUUGGGACUAUGGGGUACUUAAUGAUCCUACUAAGUCAUUGGACAAGAUUAAAUGUCUAUUGUGCAAGAAAGUAAUGUCUGGUGGGGUUUAUCGGAUCAAAGAGCAUAUUGCCGGUAUUUCAGGGAAUGUUAGCAAAUGCCCCAUAGCUUCAAAAGAAGAUCAAAUAAAAUGUAGAGAUGCUCUCAUUAUGGCGAAGAACAAAAAAAAGAACAAGAGAGCUGAAGAACUUAAUAUAAGAGCGGAGGUAAACAUUGGUUCACAUGAGAGUUUGAGUAAUACGCCUACAAAUAGUAUUGAUGUUGAUGAGUUGCAAGAGUCUGAACAAAUGAGGCCACCUCGUCCAAUUGGCCCUAUGGAUAAGUUUGCUAACCAAAUCAAUCCUGAAAUUUCUUUGAGUUCAAGAAGGGGCCCGGCGCAACAACGUAUAAUUGAGGCAUUUGACAAGGAGAGGGUGAACCGAGUGAAAGAGUACAUAUGUAGAUGGGCGUAUGAAGCAGCUGUUCCAUUUCAUGUUCUUGAGAAAGAUAGCUUCAAGUUGAUGAUUGAAGCUGCUGGUCAAUUCGGUCCGGGAGCGCAGACACCAAAUAGAUAUGAACUGAGUGAAACAUAUUUGAAAAAAGAGGUUGAUCGCGUCAAGGACAGUUUGAAGGAACAUGAGGCAUUGUGGAAACAAAAUGGCUGCUCAAUUAUGACUGACGCAUGGACAGAUAGGAAGAGAAGAAGCGUCAUGAACUUGUGUGUAAAUUCAAGAUUAGGCAUUGUUUUUCUAUCUUCUAAAGAAUGUUCAAGUGAGGCACACACAAGUCAGUUUAUAUUUGAAUAUGUGGAGCAUGGGAUUAAAGAAGUUGGAGAGAACAAUGGUGUACAAAUUGUCACAAAUAAUGCCGCAAACAACAUGGGAGCGGCUAAAUUGUUGAAGGAGAAGAGGCCACGACUAUUUUGGACAUGUUGUGCAACUCAUUCCAUUAAUUUAAUGCUUGAAAGCAUUGCAGGUUUACCCCGGUUCAAAAAAGUUCUUGAUCAAGCAAAGAGCUUAACUAUCUUUAUCUAUGCACACCACAAAACAUUGGCAAUGAUGAGAACCUAUACAAAGAAACGUGACAUAAUUAGGCCAGGUGUGACUAGGUUUGCUUCUGCAUUUCUAACUUUACAGAGUUUACUUGCUAAGAAAAUUGAAUUAAAGGCUAUGUUUAGUAGCAAUGAAUGGGAGGAAUGUAAGUUUGCCAACACAGUUAAAGGGAAAGCUUCCUAUGCUACUGUCACGAAUACUUCAUUUUGGCAAGGGGUUACAUUAUGCUUGAAUGUUUUUGUACCGUUGGUGAAGGUGCUUCGUAUUGUUGAUCAAGAUAAAAAACUUUCAAUGGGAUUUGUUUAUGGUGAGCUUAUGCAAGCCAAAGAGGACAUUAAGAAGGCACUGAAUGAAGUGGUAAGAAACUAUGAGCCUAUUAUUAAGAUAGUUGAAGAAAAGAUGAGCAAUAGGCUAGAUUCUCCUCUUCAUUUGAUGGCUUUCAUGUUGAAUCCUUAUUAUCAUUUUAAGGAUCCUCGACUUCAUUUGGAUGUUAAUGUUUCUCUUGGAUGUAUUGAGUUUCUUGAAACAUAUUACCAUGACGAUUUAGAAAUGCAAAACAAGGUAUUGAAUGAUGAAUUUCCCAUUUACAAGAGGAAAGAUUGUGUAUUUGGGAAGACACUUGCGGUCAAAGGAUGUGAGACAAAUAAUGAGCGAUAUGAUCCGGCAAUGUGGUGGUCAACUUAUGGUGGGACAACUCCAAACUUGCAAACAAUUGCGAUAAAAAUUCUAUCUCUUACUUCAAGUUCAUCGGGUUGUGAAAGGAAUUGGAGUACAUUUGAAGGGAUACAUACAAAGAAAAGAAAUAGGUUGGAAUCUAAUCGCCUAAACCAUCUAGUCUUUGUGCAAUUCAAUGCAAACUUGAUGAACAAAAGGAAAAAAGAGCAAAAUGUUGAAAUAUUACUUAGUAGUGAUGCAACCUUCGCACAAGAUUGGAUUGUUGAGGAUGAAGUUGAGGUUGUUGGUGAAGAUGAAGUGGCUACUAAUGAGGAAGGUGAUGACGCAUUAAGACCACGACGGAGUUCUAGAUUGAGGGAGCUUGAAGAAGAUAACUUUGAAUCCGAAAGUGAAGAAGAAGAAGUGGUGGUUGAGUUUGAAGAUGAUGAAAAUCAAGUGAUAGAUGGGCAAGUGGAAGAACAACACCUUGAAAGUUGA